AUGUAUACCCAAGCGCCGCCAACUGCCAGUGGCUAUCCUCAAGAGAAGCAACAGCUGCCACCGACGAUGCCUCAGCAGCCGAUGGGCUAUCCUCAGCAACAACAGCCCAUGAUGAUGACUCCGCAACAGCAACAGCAGGUCCAGCAGAUGCUUCAGCAAAUGCCGCCUCAGAAGCUUGAGAUGUUGCAGCAGAUGCUCCCACCACAGCAGCAGUUCCAGCAGCAGUUCCAGCAGCAGUUCCAGCAACAGCAGCAGCAACAGCAACAGCCCUACGGCAUGGGUUCCAUGAUGCCACCAACACCCAUGAGCCCACCCAUGGCCAUGCCGAUAAACAACAUGCAGAAUCCCGCCAAGCCGACCCCGUUCCCUGGCGCAAACCCCAACCACAAGCAAGACGAAAAGCACACCGGCAAAGUCCAACGGUUCCUCGGCGAUACGCUCGUCGGCCGCUUCGCCCGCGCCUCCGUCCAAACCGCCUCCUCAACCUUCAAAAUGCCCACCGCACUAUCUCCCUGGGGUGACAACAACCCAGUCACGAUGCCCAACGUUCGAUACCGCGACGCCGUACUCUUCACAACCUUCGCCUUCGUCGGCGCACCCCUGAUCGAAGGUGCGGACAGUCUCGUAACCGACAUGUUCGGCGCAGACAGCUUCGUCAGUGAGAUCGUGUCGUCCGGCGCCACGGCCCUAACCGGGACCGGGGUCGGGAGCACGCUGCUCAAGUACGGCGUCUUCCAGAUCGUCGAGCAGGCUAUCGACAAGGGCAUCAUCGAGCACAUGCUGCCGGAGGAAGAGAAGAUGAUACAGACGCUCAACGUCAAGAGCUUGCAGGUGGGCAUCAAGCACAAGCUCAUGGGCGUGGAUGCCGAUAUCCGCUUCGCGGGGAUAUACCCCAGCAGUGACCAGAAGGCGUGCGAGAAGGGCUGGUUCUGUCCGUACCUCUUCUCGUCCUCCCGCACGCCGCUCGUGCCCCGCGCCAACGAUUUCGCCGUUGCGCAGUUCUUCGGUCCGUUUCUCGGUGCCGACUACGCCCUCGCCCACAAACUCCUCGCCGAAACCCCACACGUCCUCUCCCUCUGCGACGCGAACCCGCAGACCAACAUCGGCACGAACCGCCUGCUGAUCCUCUUCACCGCCAUCUCCCCUUUCCGUGCAAACAUGUGGUCCACGUCCCGACGCCCGGGGUGCGGCACCCUAGUCUUCCACCUCUUCGACGGCUGUCCCGCUCUCGUGCUGCCCGUAACCAGCCGCGCCCCCAUCACGGCAUGGAGUCCCUGGACGCUCUCCCAAAUGCGCCAUUCAGCGCGGAACAAUCCGCUGUACGGGCAGCAGGGCUUUGUCGGGCAGUGGGGGAGCGGCGGGUACAGGCCGGACUGGCAGCAUGAGCAGCUGUGUGAGUGGCUGGAUGGGCUGGUUAGUCUGCAGCAUGUCGAGCCGAAGGUGCAGGGGUGCUAUGCGGAUGUGUUGGGGAGGGCGGUCAGUUUGAUCAUCAAUGGGGCGCUGGCGCUCGAGAAUGCGCCGAAGGGCGUCUUGGGGAAGGUGGAUCCGGAGAGGGCGGGGAUUGUGUGUUUCAGGUAUUGA